CGGCCACAGAGUGUUUUGAGACAACCGACAGCCCGCCCCCUCGCUGAAGUUGCUGAUACCAGGCAGCAGGAAGACUUUUAGCACAAGUUUCUGUUUAGGCAAAAUCAUUUUCGUCGUUUCUUCUAUGUGCAGACUGUAUCAGCAGGGCUCUUUCUUUUUUGACAACUACAGUUGUCGUGAGUCGACAGUAUCACCCGUAGACUACAAACUGAACGAUAGUAAACAUGGAUGUGGAGGACACUGAACAAAAGACGAUAACUCUUCUGAUAAAAACGCCCAACCAAGCUCAGGAGGACCAAGCCGUGGAAGGCGUCUGUCCGAACUGGACUGUGAAAGAUCUAAAAAGGCAUUUGUCGAUCGUUUACACAACUAAACCGGCUACAAGUGACCAGAGACUGAUCUAUGGUGGUAAACUGCUGCCAGAUCAUCUGCCCAUUAAAGACCUCUUCAGACAGACUGACUCGUUUCCCACACUGCACCUGGUGUGUGCUACUAGGACUCCGGCCCAAGGCCCCCUGGGAGCUAGACCUAAGACCAAAGAGACAGAGCAGCCCGGUCCCCCCCGUCCUCAGGCAGGCUCUGGUCCUCCGAGUCCUUCUGGCCCCUCAUCCUCAGUCCAGCCCCCCAGCUCACCCUCACUGAGGCAGAGGAGGCACACCUCUUCACCUUCAGCUGCUGCAGCUCACACACCAGCCCCCCUGUCUCCACCAGCAUGGCCUGCUGCUCCAGUGCCUCCACAGAUGCGCCAGCCAGCCUUCCCCACCUACUCUCUGUACAGCCCCCAGCAGCUCAUGUGGCUCCAGCAUGUUUACGCUAGACAGUAUUACAUGCAAUACCAUGCAGCGCUGGCCGCAGCAGGCACUCUACCAUCAGCACCAGCUACAACCAUUGGCCAGUACCCUCCUGUUCCCGCCCACCAGGUACCUGUCCCAGCCCCAUUAGCCAAUCAGAACCCCAUCGAAAACCUGCCCGCCAAUCAGAACCCAGUGCAGGACGGUGCUUUCAUCAACCCUGGAGAGGCCAACCAGAACAUGAGGAUGAACGCGCAGGGGGGGCCGGUGAUGGAGGACGAGGACGACGUGGAGCGGGAUUGGCUGGACUGGAUGUACUCCGCUGCCAGAUUUGGCGUUCUGCUCAUGAUUGUGUACUUCAACUCCAACCUGAGCCGCUUCCUGCUGGUGAUGAGCACCCUGCUCCUCAUGUACCUACACACUGUUGGUUGGUUCCCCUUUAGAAGACGAGCGCAGGUCCAAGGACCCAACCCCCUGCAGCCCCCUGAGGUCCAGCACAACCAACAGAACGAGAACAGAAACCCUAACGCAGGGGAGGAGCCUGCUGACAGACAGAGGGAGGAGCCUGCCGCUGAAGAGGGCGGGUCAGAGGGACACGGACCAAUGGCGGCAGUGUUAGUGCCUCCUUACAGGGUGUCAGUCAUGUGGACGGCCUGGGUGUUCCUUAAAACGUUCUUCUCCUCCCUCAUUCCUGAGGUUGCCCAGGGGAUGGCCAACUGACAACCUAGGAUAGAUACCUUUUUAUAGAGACACCAUGAAUAAUCUCUGGAGCCAAAGGAAAACCUUUCAACUCAAGACAAAUAAAAUCACACAUGACUGUGACAUUCCUAUUAGCAAUAGUUAAAAAAGCUGCGGUUUGACAUUGGUGUUUCCUCAGAGUGGGACGCAAAGUUGAAACGCCAGCAAAAUAAAAAGAUGCCAGAAUAAAAAAAUAUGUGGACUGGUUCCAAUGGACAGAGAGGACCAGAAUUAUCAACAACAACUGCAUAGUUCAAUGGGAUCCCAUGUUACUCCAGCUCUUUAUCUGACCUCUGUCUACUGGUAGUGGGUUUAUGCUCAACCUGCUGCGUCACACUGAGACCCUUACCCAUGAAACGGCAGCGUGUAGCAGCCAAGAGUAUCAAUAAACCUUUCACCUGACUGUUGGACUUUUUUAACUACAUUGUUUUACUGUGAGGAGGUUAAUAGACAUGGACUUAAUGCAGCAUGUCUGUGAUCAGGAUCAAUGCUUUCCCACUCAUGAGGAUUACAAUAACCAUGUUUUUUUAAGUCAAAAUCCACUCCAGGCCAGUCCUCUGUCGGAUGGCUCUCUGUUUUUUCCACGGACAGAUUUAUUUUGGAUUUACUAACUGUCCCUGCGUGGAGCCUGGGUUUGAUUUCAGCUGUGGGUCAUGUUGUUUUCACUUGUUUGACAGACUAUGGAAGCUAGCAUAAUAUAGUACAAGUCUAUUAUUUAGAGAUGUUUUUUGGUUUGUUUCUCAAUGUACUUGAUAUUCAAAUUCAAACGGCUCUACUUUAUCAGUUUAAUUCAGAUUAUUUUGGCAUUUUUCUUCUAUAGUCAGUGUGCUUUAGAAACUGACCAUGACUGACAAAUCAGAAACAUCCAAAUGAUUCACAUCAGUUCAUUAUGGGUAGACUUCUUAUUGAGAUCAGCUGGUCUUUGGUACCAAACGCAAAUUAGACGGCUUGCCAAAUAUCUGGGUACAUCUUUUUUGUAUAGUGAUGUGGCCAUAGUUCAAUAUAUAUAUAUAUAUAUAUUGUAAAUCAAGUUUUGUAAAUAUACUUAAAGUUCACAAAGCACUUUACAAUAUGUAUCUUAUGCAAGCCUCUUUACAUUUGGAGGAAUUAUGAUUUUGUAUUCUUCAUGGAAAGCCUUGUAAUAUAAACACAAGGCCUCACAGGCUCUGAUGUGAUUGAGAGUCCAGUCCAAAAUCCCGUUCAAACAACACGUGAAAAGUUUAAAGCCAGUCCAGCGCUGAGAAAUGGCCAAAAUGUUGCUUUAGUAGAACAUUUGUUAUGGUUUUCAGUGUCAGAAACGGUUUAGAAAUAUAUGGAAAGUUUCUCAUAGCUAAGAUUUUAAUUUCUUAAUGAAGUUAUCAAAUCACUCCUACAGUACCUUUAAAGCAUUUUCAUCUCAUCAUAUUGAUUGAGAAAUCUGUACUGUCACUGAUCAGAAGCAUGAAUGACUUGCAUUUACUGGUCACUUUAUCAAGUCAUUGAUUAUGGUCACCAUGUUUAAUUGGACAUGUAUUGGUUUGUCUUUCUUUGAGAACGGUGGUGGAUGUUGUAGAAUGAGGUGUGUGUUGAGGAGGACUUGCAAUAAUGGAUGCAAUAAAUCUUUAUACCUGUAA